AUGGCUGCCCUUGCCCGCUUGCUCUGGUUCGGUGUACCUCCUCUGUCGCGUUGCUAUCUGUCGCGCGUGUCUGCUAUCUACUCGCGCGUCGCUGCAUCGACGCUCGACCGCCAUCACACGCACGCCGUCUCCGCCGCCGUCGUCUCCGUCCAUAUCACCCCGGUCUCACGCACUGCCCGCCUCGCCUCGCCCUCGCCUUCGCCUUCGGCUCGGCCUCGCUCGGCCACACAGCCCACAUCCGAAUCCUUCAUCCACAACGCGUCGACCGACUCGCUCCCCGCCCUGGCGGACCGCGAUAUCCCCUUCUUGGCAGAGUACUCUGACGCCGCCGGGGGCGACGCGGGGGUUGCCGCCGCUGCUGCCGCCGACGAGCCGCCCGCGUACGAUACGCACCGGGACAUUGUGGUCGGUGAGGCGGGUGCUGCCGUGGGCGGUAGCAGUAGCGCGAACAAGAAGGCUGUUGGUGCUGGCGCCGCCGCGGGCGCUCGGAGUGAACGUGAGCGUGAGCGCGACCCCAACUCGGUGUUCAGUCUCGCCGACGACGAAGACGAGGACUAG